AUGGCUUGGCUCAGCCGAGAAUCCUGUCUUGGCUUGUUUGCGCGCCUCGGUCCCCUUAUCCGUCCCAUAAUCUCAUCAACCCGCCAUCAAAUCCACCAGACAAAUAUUUCCGUUCUAAUACCCGAAAAGCACCCGCUUAUCAGACCAAACCCCUGCUCCGGGGCGUUGCAUCAACGAGGGAAAACUGGGUCGCGUCCAAGCGUCCUCACUCCCCUUUCCCUUCUCCAAGAGGAGCCAAAAAAAAAAAAAAAAAAAAAAAGGACUUCCACCUCUCCUCAAUCUUAUUCUUCCCAAGAAUGCCUCGCGCUCUCAAACGUCAAUCGAGGCAACUCACACUUGGCUAGUCGGGAAGAGAAUGGCAUUAGCUGGAGAAGCAAGCGAUUCGGCCCUGGGUUCUAG